UGGGUACCAGUCUCUGCAGAGGCCAGGGUGAAACUGGCUGCGUCCAGCCUGUUCCACCCUCAUUUCUCGGAGCCCCUCAGGCCCUUCUGCAUUCGGUCCUGGCUGGGGCGCGGGAAGUGCUCAUCUUAAUGCACUUGGGGCCGAGGAUAGCGUGCUAGGGGUGCGGCUCGGGUCUGUCCAGCGCAGUCUGCUGCUGCAGCGCUGCGGCUAAGAACACUUGGUUGGGAGGCCGGCGGGCUGCGGGGUGUGUGUGUGUGUGUGUGUGUGUGUGUGUGUGUGUGUGUAGUGUGUGGUGUGUGGUGCCAAUAUGUAAAGCAACCGGCGGCUCUGGGCGGGGCCUGGGCCCGAUGCAAAUGAGGGAGGCGGGGUUAUCCUGGGGCUCCGCCUCCCUCCCCCGCAGCUGGGGCCAGCGGUGCCAAGCACAGCUGGACCAGCGGCAGCAGCUGGGCGAGUGACAGCCCAGCUCCGCGCGCGCGGCCGCCGCCAGAGCCGGCGCGAAGGGGCAGCGCGGCCCCGCGGUCCCCGGGCGGCAGCAGCGGCCGCCUAGUCCCGCGCCUCUCCGGGCCCGCAGCCCCGCGGUCCCGCCGCCCCGGGGCCGCCACCUCUCGGGGCUCCCCCGGUCCCCGCGCGCAAGAUGGCUGACCCGGCUGCGGGGCCGCCGCCGAGCGAGGGCGAGGAGAGCACUGUGCGCUUCGCCCGCAAAGGCGCCCUCCGGCAGAAGAACGUGCACGAGGUGAAGAACCACAAAUUCACCGCCCGCUUCUUCAAGCAGCCCACCUUCUGCAGCCACUGCACCGACUUCAUCUGGGGCUUCGGCAAGCAGGGAUUCCAGUGUCAAGUUUGCUGCUUUGUUGUACACAAGCGCUGCCAUGAAUUCGUCACAUUCUCCUGCCCCGGUGCGGACAAGGGCCCAGCCUCUGACGACCCCCGGAGCAAACACAAGUUUAAGAUCCACACCUACUCUAGCCCCACCUUUUGUGACCACUGCGGAUCGCUGCUGUAUGGACUCAUCCACCAGGGCAUGAAAUGUGACACCUGUAUGAUGAACGUCCACAAGCGCUGUGUGAUGAAUGUCCCCAGCCUCUGUGGAACCGACCACACAGAACGCCGCGGCCGCAUCUACAUCCAGGCUCACAUUGACAGAGAGGUCCUCAUUGUUGUCGUAAGAGAUGCUAAAAAUCUUGUACCUAUGGACCCCAAUGGCUUGUCAGAUCCCUACGUCAAACUGAAACUGAUUCCUGAUCCCAAAAGUGAGAGCAAGCAGAAGACCAGGACCAUCAAGUGCUCUCUCAACCCCGAGUGGAACGAGACCUUCAGAUUUCAGCUGAAGGAAUCAGACAAAGACAGAAGACUGUCCGUAGAGAUCUGGGAUUGGGACCUGACCAGCAGGAAUGACUUCAUGGGGUCUCUGUCAUUUGGGAUUUCGGAACUGCAGAAGGCCGGCGUGGAUGGCUGGUUCAAGUUACUGAGCCAGGAAGAGGGCGAGUACUUCAAUGUGCCGGUGCCGCCAGAAGGAAGUGAGGGCAAUGAAGAGCUGCGGCAGAAGUUUGAGAGAGCCAAAAUCGGCCAGGGGACCAAAGCUCCAGAAGAAAAGACAGCCAACACCAUCUCCAAAUUUGACAACAAUGGCAACAGGGACCGGAUGAAACUGACCGAUUUUAACUUCCUGAUGGUGCUGGGGAAAGGCAGCUUUGGCAAGGUCAUGCUCUCAGAGCGGAAGGGUACAGAUGAGCUCUAUGCUGUGAAGAUCCUGAAGAAAGACGUAGUGAUCCAGGAUGACGAUGUGGAGUGCACAAUGGUGGAGAAGCGGGUGCUGGCCUUGCCUGGGAAGCCACCAUUCCUGACUCAGCUCCAUUCCUGCUUCCAGACCAUGGACCGCCUGUACUUUGUGAUGGAGUAUGUGAACGGGGGUGACCUCAUGUACCACAUCCAACAAGUUGGCCGGUUCAAGGAACCCCAUGCUGUAUUUUAUGCUGCAGAGAUUGCCAUUGGUCUAUUCUUCUUGCAAAGCAAGGGCAUCAUUUACCGUGACCUAAAACUUGACAAUGUGAUGCUGGAUUCUGAGGGGCACAUCAAGAUCGCUGACUUUGGCAUGUGCAAAGAGAACAUCUGGGAUGGGGUAACAACCAAGACAUUCUGCGGCACUCCAGACUACAUUGCCCCAGAGAUCAUCGCUUAUCAGCCCUAUGGAAAGUCUGUGGACUGGUGGGCCUUUGGAGUCCUGCUGUAUGAAAUGUUGGCUGGCCAGGCACCUUUUGAAGGGGAGGAUGAGGAUGAACUCUUCCAGUCCAUCAUGGAGCACAAUGUGGCAUAUCCCAAGUCCAUGUCCAAGGAAGCUGUGGCCAUCUGCAAAGGGCUAAUGACCAAACACCCAGGCAAGCGUCUGGGUUGUGGGCCUGAAGGGGAACGAGACAUUAAAGAACAUGCAUUUUUCCGGUAUAUUGACUGGGAGAAACUUGAACGCAAGGAGAUUCAGCCACCAUAUAAACCCAAAGCUUGUGGGCGAAAUGCUGAAAACUUCGACCGGUUUUUCACCCGCCAUCCACCAGUCCUAACACCUCCUGACCAGGAAGUCAUCAGGAAUAUUGACCAAUCAGAAUUCGAAGGAUUUUCCUUUGUUAACUCUGAAUUUUUAAAACCUGAAGUCAAGAGCUAAGUAGAUCUGUAGAUCUCCGUCCUUCAUUUCUGUCAUUCAAGGCUCAACAGCUAUCAUGGUGACAUUUUUUUUUUUUUUUAAAUCAUUGCCAAGUUACAUCUGUGUUUUCUUUUCUGAUGAGGCUAGAGUGGCCAUGUUUCAGAACCCAAAUGUCCUCAAGUAGUUUGGAGCAUCUCGAGGAGAUGGAAUUAUGCAGGUGGCAUGUAGAAAGUGCUGCAUAAUUGAAACACGCUCAAAGUCCUCCUACUAUGCGCAUCCCCAGCAUGUUGGCUAACAGACCCACUAGGGAGAGAAAAAGCUUGCUUUCUCUCCCUCCUUCUCUGCACUGCCAUUUUUACCCCGAUCAUCCACUCUACAUCCUCCCUACAAAAUGGAUAGAUGAACUGAAUGCUAACAAUAUGCUUCCACUUUCCAGCCUGGGAGCUUGGCUUGAAUCCAAGGAUAUGGCUGCUUUGCCCUAGAGGGAAUCCCUCCACACUGUUCUGGAGGCAGUAGAGCUUUGAAAAGAACAUGCUAAAAAUACAUUUUUAUUUUUUUAACUCAAUGUUAAGAAGAUUACCUAAGUCCUAAAACAACAACAACAAAAAACCCAAAAAACAAAAAACCAGGAAUGCGCUUUUAGACAAAUGUCAGCCUAAAAGCAGCACUUCCAGGGGUCAAAAGGCAACAGCUUGAGUGUUAUCAGCACGCUGUAGUUUCUAAUACUGUAUGUCUGGUACUGGUACCCUCAUUCCCCAAACUACUCAAGAAUGGCAUUUGGCACUGUUUCUGGAAGCACAUGGUCACUCUAGCAAGGUCCCAAAGGACCAUGAUUUUUCAUUACAUUUCAAACGUUAUUUGCUUUUUUUUAAUUUCUGUCAUUGUUGAAAUGCAAAAAACAAACAAACAAACAAACAAAAGAAAAAACAAACUCACUUUGUUACACAUGCUUUAAAAACUGUGUCCAGAUGUUAUUAGCCACAAUGGCCUGCUUUGUUCAACUGAGAAGAUGGUUAUGGAGCCCAGCGGACUUGUGUCUGUGGGGAGGGGUUUGUCUACGGGUACUGCUGGUAUUGGAGAACUAAUAGAGGGCCCUGAGAAAGACACCAUCUCUCCAAGCCAUGGUGGUUGUGUUCUUCAGUGUGAUGUCAUUUUGCAAGAUGUUUGUGGAAAUGUUCCUUUGCACUUCGGAAUCUGUUCUGAUACUUUUCUCCUAGCAUCAAGGUACAAUUAAAAAAGAGAGAGAGAGACAGACAGAAAAGAAGAAAUGCAAUUUCAAAGAAAACUGUUCUCUUUGAACAAUGAGGACCCACACUACAAAGUAGGGCCCAAGGAAGGAACUCAGGAGAAAGGGACUGAAGCUGGAUCUUAUAUAGCCUCAGUGUUCAACCAGCCAGAGAGCAGGGCCUGGAGACCAUUCAGGGAAUGCCAGGUGGCCUAAAAUAGGGUGGGCCAGGCAAGCUAGAGCCCCCCACUGUCAGAAUUCAAAGCCCAUGUGCCCACCAGAUUCAAGCUUAGAAGCUGUCUAGGAACGUGCCCGAGGCACUUAAGCUUCUCAUCAAAAUCACCACUCUUCCAAGUGAGCUUCCUUGAGCAAGCAACUCAGUGAGCUCCCAGAAGGCCAAGUGGUGGGAAAGACCUCAUUGCCUUCUGAGCAGAUGAGGACAGCAGGUGGCCCCUCCCCCUUGCCUACAGCUCAGCUCCCUGCUCCUCUCAGACAAUUCUUAUCACAGGUCAAAAGAUUUCCAGGCCCUCCAGGGAUUCUGAGAAAUCACACAGAAUCUACGAAAGGACUUGUGUCCUUGGAGUACACCUCCUCCUCUCUGAGAAGAAAAUGCCUUGGGGUUCUGCUGAGAUAAAGACCCUCAUAGUUCAUUCUUUCCUGGCCUCUCAUGCCACUCUGCUUCAAGCUUGGGGGCUGUCUCUCUUAGGUCAUGGAAAGCAAACAUGAUGUCCUAGCUGACGAUCUUAGGAUGUUACCAACAGAGGGAGAUCAGAGCAACCCCUCUCCUCACUUUGUUAUUGGGUCAAUUGGCAUCUGGAGAGGAGAAGAAAUUUUCUAAAGAUUGGUCAGUGGCAAUAUAAAUGUAGGGAUCCUGACCUCCCAACAUAAGGCUCUGUCUGUUCUGUAACAAACAUCUCUGAGCCAUAUGCCCACUCCCAAGAAAAUUAUGUAGGGUCUUUCAUCUAGUUACCGAGUCACCAGGCUUUGGCCAUAUGCUCAGAAUGAAAACCACAGUGAAACCUGGGGACAUUGGCAAGUGGUCUGAGACAACCUUAGAAAAUAAUGUAGGAAGGAUGGAUAGAUGGAUGGAUGGAUGGAUAGAUAGAUAGAUAGAUAGAUA